ACGUCACGGUAAACAACUCAGAUAUUCUACAUAGAGAAUACACGGUUAUUAUCUGCUGCGCUGAAGAAUGAAAUUAAAAUCAAAGAAAACUUCCAAAAAGAAGUGUCUGCUUUGUGUGGGUGACGUCUGCAUCCACGAACAAGGAGAGAAGAUGACAGAAAAACAGCAGACGAUUCCAAAUAUUGCAGAACAGACGAUAGAAAUGUUAGAGAAACUUCUCAAGGAGAGAGAGAACAUCCCAGAGGAAAUUCUCAAGCUGUCUUCCAGGAAUGAUCUGUUCCAGUUAGGAAUGGACCCCUUCUGCCUGACUGCAGCCAUUGGACACACAGCAGGGAUGAGACGAUUUCUGGAAGCUGGGAGAGAUCCAAACGAUUCUUGUAUGGCGGAUGGUAGCACACCGCUGAUGCUGGCAGCACAGAAUCGUCAUGUGGAAGCCAUAGAACUUCUUCUUUCCUUCGGAGCUGACGUCAAUACCCUAAACUCGGAGGGAAACAACUCUCUGAUGGUAGCAAUAAAAACGGGGGAUGCCAAGGUGGUCAACACACUGUGGCCUCAGAGAGCUCAAAUCGACAUCAACCACAGGAACAAGACUGGUCACGCUAUGCUACACUUUGCUGUUGAGAAGCGCUGGGAGACUUGUGUCAAGGUCAUUCUCAGCUGUGGUGCUGACAUCAACAUCCAAAACAAUAGUGGUUGUACACCCCUGAUGUUAGCUGCUAUGAAGGCAGACACUAAAGUAGCAGACAUUUUAAUUGAUGAGGGGGCAGAUAUUCUUAUUGAGGAUGAUUACCACUUUACAGCAGUCUGUUAUGGAUUCGAGGAUGAAAACAAUGGAGAUGAGUUUGUCAAACACAUACUGUAUAAAAUGUCCCAGAAAGACAGGGAGGUCUAUGUCAAGAAUCGAAUCGAUCGGAUGAAAAGUAUGGUUGAGGACGCAGAUUUCGAUGCCUUUUUCACGGACACGUUAAUUCCUGUUUUCCUACAUUUGUCCAAAGUUGAACCAGGUCGUGACAUCUUGUACCGAGAUAAGCUUAUCCCAAACAUGCUCUCAGCCGUUCAGAAGUUCCUACGUCAUCACGAGGUCGUCGGUAGCGCGUGUACUGUCUUCUGCUCCUGCAUGUAUCGGUACAAUUCAUUGAUAGACGAAAGAUUCGCCAGACAGUUUUUGCAAGCAAGAGGACCGGAAUUUUGUCUCAGAGCUCUGAAAUUCUACACAGAUUCCGGAAAACACUCAACAGAGUUCAUGCUUUCCGUCUUUUAUCCCAUUGUGUGUAUUAACGAGUGCAAAAUUUGCCAGACUUGGAUAGAACAGAAUACAAGCAAAAUUGAACCUUACAUAUCCUUAAGAGGAAAAUUUGCGUCUCUCAAGCACCACGACGAAGUCCUGAAGGAAAAGGGGCAUACCCUGUGGACGAGGUUUUGGGACGAGUUUGAUAAUCUUCAGCGAAAUCAGAGAAAUUCCAAGAUGAAAGAAUUGCUAGACGAAGAGGAACGAGAAAGAACUAGAAAGGAUAAAAAAAGAGAAAGAAAGAAGCAGAAAAAACUGCGAGAAAAACAAAAGAAGACCGGGGAUUCUAAGGAGGGUAUUACAACUGAACAACCUAAGGAGAAAGAGGCGGGUGAUUCCAAUACACCAGACAUAGAGGAUGAAAAAACCUACGCAGUUCAUACCAAUAAAGAUUCUGGGGAUCACAUCGGGAUUCACGAACAGUGUAAGAAGGAAUGUAAUCUAGUCAGUGAACUGACUGGGGCUCGUGAGGCAGACAUGAGGACAGAACCAUAUGAUACAGAUAAUGUCAAUGACAGUCAAAAUAAAGAAUUUCAUGCUGCAAUGAAUAAAUCAGCCAACAGUAAAGAGAACAAUAGGAAGAAGACCAAGAAAUCAAAACAGAGAGAUGAUGAGAACUGGACAUAUUGCGAAGACCUGCAAACAAACCAGAUGUUUUCUGAUGAAACUCAGCAGGAAGACAGUGAGAAGUGUUUUGCUGAGCAGUAUGAGUCGUGGACAAAGGUUAUUGGAAAGAAAAAUCAACAAAAGAUAGAUACACUGAAUAGUCCGAAGAGGCCUGGCAAGAAGAAGAUUGAGAGGUCAAGACCUUCACCUCAGUAUAAUAGUACGCCGAAAAUCCAGAAUUCUGAUUCACGCAAAUGGUCGGAUGUACUUUGUCAGAGGAAUAACCAAGAGACAGCGUAUACCGAGAAUAAUAAACCAAAUCCUCGGGUGGUGGAAUCUGUUUCUCCAAUCCAAACAGAUGACUGGAGAGAAUUUCCUUCUCUCAAACAAAGCAUGGCAAGAAAGUGGGAGGACGAGGAGGAUUCUCCCGAAUCGAUGAAGUCUGAAUCCACAGCUGAGCACUGGGACAGUGACGAAUACCUGGCGGCUAUUACUAAUGAACCGGGCGAAGAGGUCCCGGCAUGGGUGGAGUACAGCAAGCAAAACUCCACAGAAGUGGAAAGCGACGUUUACUGGAUGAAAACGUCAGACUUUGAAAAGAAUGUUCGACACACUGUAGAAGAAAGCCAUCUUAAACGCGAGGAGAUUGAUGUACCCUUAUCAGGACAUUCAGAGGUGUCUUCAAACGCUGACUGUUCUUUGACAACUUGGGACAAAAGACGUGAAACAGCAUACAUUGAUCAAAGCUCAGAAGAAGGCAAGAGCCGUCACAUGACCCAGCAACCUGUAUCCUUUACAGAUAACAAGAACACUCCUUUUUGUGCCAAAACUCAAGCUUUUCACGAAGUUAAUAAUCAGCUGCAGGCUUCGAGUUGUAAAGGAUACAACAAAUCACGGAGAAAAGGCAAUGUUAAUAUGGAUACACUCUGUGAUCCCUCCGAAAAUGCUACAGGGCUUAUUUUUCUAGCAGAUGCUAAUAGCGAUAUCAUUCUGUCCGACAACACUACCUCAACCACUACUGGAAAACAAAACGCAUGUCCUUGGGGUAAAUUUCCAGCUCCUACUUUAAAAGAUGUUGCAGUUGAGUUCAUGAAUACCACAGUGUCAGAGGCAGAAAAGACUGAUUAUAAAAACUUUGCUCACCAAGGAGAACACAGCCGGAAGAAAGACACAGAAAAACCCACUCACACUUACAAAGAGGAAAUGAUUCCAUUUAAAACGAACUCAGAGCCUAAUCCAAAUACGAAAAUUCAACAAGGAAGGGACGGUCAAUCUCUUUUUAGUUCUAACGGUUUUGAAAAUAACACCAAACAAUAUGUGGCGUGCAACAGAGAACUCUCUUCGUUUCUUUCAAAUGAUACACAGCCAUCCCGAAAUAGAAUCAAAUCAGGACAUAUUGAAAAAUUCGACACGAAAAAUAUUUAUUCUACUCCAUACACUGCAGACACUGGUCUUGUUAACCACUCAAGCGAAGUAAAUUUAUCCAAACUAGUCGAAACGACAGAAAAAUAUACAUCGUAUGGAACAAAAAUUGAUUAUUCAGUGGAUGAAAAUUGUAGAAAAAUGACACUGGUUGAACUAGAAGCAGAACUUUUAAAGAAUGCGUAUGACGACAGCCAUCAAGAAACCGUUGAAACAAAUAUCACAAAAGUAGCCGUUAUCAAACCUAUCGGUCAUGAACGUAAAUUGCAGCUUAAAGAGUCCACGAAUCCAGUACAACCAGCUGAGACCAGCCUAAGGCAAGUACCGGAGGGCGAUAGGGAAGGUGCUUUGAGAAGUUUUUUGGAUGGUUUGGAAGCUACUGGCAUUACCUUAUCACCUGACCCACGCCUGGCUCUUCAAGACAGGAACAAAGUCUCCAUGUCUGACGGGGACAAACAAGAAGUGGAAACAAUUUCAGGGAACUGUCCUCUGGGAGACAGUAUACUUCGAAAUGCAUUGACUAUCAAUCAUCAGCAGGAUGAAAUCGGCUUUCCUGAGGAACUCCGUGAUGAAAAGGAUGACGUGCAUGUAAAUUUGUUUCCUGGAUUUCAUGAUCCUGAAGAAAAUCCCCCAGACGAAAGUCGGCUGACAUUAAAUUGUCACAAGAUGGAGUUGAUACAAUUCAUUCAGCUCCACAAUUACUACCGCCAGUUCAGCAAAAAUCCUGCUGCUGUGCACACCAAUUACUUCCACGAUUUUCAGUAUUACGCCUCUGCACUAGGGUUAUCCAAUCAAGAGGUUGAAAACAUAAUGCGCCAAGAAGCACCGAUGCCAGUACCCGAGGAACCCCAUAAAAACAACUUGAAUUAUCAAGGAAACCAUAAUACACUCUGUAGCCCUAGUGUUUACGCUACAAAUCACCAACCAGUUUCAAUGACCAAUGGCGUCCACGAUUUUAAUACAGUACAUCAGAGUGGACACUCUCAAAACGGAUACACAGAGAAUACAAACCAAGAUGAGGCGUGUCGCAGGAGUGAGUCCUCAAUGGCGAAAUGUGGGGAGGAAACCAAGCUGAGUGACGUGAUUCCUCAAUCACCAAAGGCAUGUAUAAACACAUGGAGCAAGAAGAGUUCUAGAUGGAGGUCAAAACUGAAGGAGAUAUACCAACUACCAGAGCAUCUACGACGACGUGUUGGGGAUAUCAUCCUCCCGGUACAAUACGAUAAAUACAAGAUUUCGUAUUCGGACGAGGGUGCCGUACUUGGUUUUCUGUGUGAUGGUUCGGAGGUGGCAGUCCAGAUGGUCGACCUAAAGAACCGCCCACUCGACAAAGGCUUCCUACAGACCUUAGUAUCAGAUAAUAUUAAUCAGUUCUUUCUUGUCAAGUAUAAGUCAUUCGCCAUAGAGGAUGAGGUGUGUUUCUUGGCUAUGGAGCUCCACGAGUACACCCUGGCUGAGUACACGAGCAUGCUGCGGCUGAAUCAGGGAGUGGACCCCCUCACGGUCACCAGACUCACCUGGCAGCUCCUCAAGGGACUGACCUCACUGCACGAGAACUGUGGGAUCCCUCACGGAAAUAUCAUGCCGUCCAAUGUCUUGGUGGACACUGAGGGUCGACUUCGCCUCAGUGAAUAUGGUUUUCCAAGAAUUACAACGAAACAAAUUCAGUUAAUGAAUAGUAAGGCGAUAUCAGUGGACAGGAAUUGUUGGACACCAACGGAGGUGAUGACUGAGUCCGAGCCAUACUCCAUCAAGUCAGACAUACAGGUUGCUGGAAUGAUGAUUUGUUAUAUUAUGUCUGGCGGGAUGCACGCUUAUGGUGAGAACAGUCUUGAGAUCACGGUCAGCAUCCAGGCCAACUGGCCCAAGAUCUCCCACCAGAACAAGGAACUGGCCAGCCUCGUGUCCGACAUGCUCGUAAUGCCCCCAGCAGAUCGACCAGAGUUUCCAGACAUUCUCAAGCACCCUUAUUUCUGGGCCGAUGAGAAGAAGGUCCGAUUUGUUCUGAUUGCCGGUUCAGAUGUUCUCAGAGACAUGAAGCAUGGAGUUCCUACGUCGGGAGCCGUGAGUGGUGCUGUUACCAUGAUAGAUAUACUGAAUUCUGCCGAACAGGACGACACUCUGAAUGAAUGGACCAGUCAUGUAGAGCCGAUUCUGAUGCAAGAGAUGAGGUCCUUCCGUCAGUACAAGUGUACUCUAGUGGAAUUAGUUCUCUUCAUCUACAACUGUUGUCUACACUUCGAGAAACUAACUGAAGCAGCCCGUGAGAUUUUAGAGGAACCCACUAAGUAUUUUCUCACCAAGUUCCCAACCCUCUUCAUGGCUGUGUUUAAGGCGAUCAAAGCCAGUGGUCGCCGUGAGAAGGUCUGCUACAAACCCUUCUUCUGAACAGGCCACCAUCACCAGUUUAUUAGGAAAACAGUUUACCUCGAUAUAAUUGUAUUAUAUUGAAAUUAAAAUGAGAGAUAUACGCA